AUGGCUGCCCCGCGGCUCCCAUUCCUAUGGCCUAUGCUGGCCAAGGGCUUCGAAGCCGCAACCCCGGCAGUUCGGUCGACGAAGGCUGCUGCCCGUAUGAGAGCCUUUCACUCCUGUCCACCACGAAGGAGACCAGCAGAGGCAGCCCCGAGACAGACUCGCUAUGGCACCGCCAAUCAGCCUCCUCCUCACCUCGGCGGCGGAAAAGGGAUGCCGCCACCGACGAGAAUGGACACGCCAGAGCAAACGAAGUUGCCGAAAAUCGGGGAGAAGCUACAACGUGAUGGAGAAGCGGAGAUCAAAGCUGAGCAGGCAGAGCCGGAGGAGAAGAAGAGUACGGAAGAAAACAUAGAGCCGACUACUGUCGAAGCGAAGGAGGCUUCGAAGAUACAAACAGACCCUAUGUUGGACGCGGAAGAUGGAAGGCCGGAGGCGAAACCACCCGGGUCUCCGGACAUGCCGCCAGAUAAACCGCUGGAGUCUUUACUGAAUACGGUCCCAGACCCUGCUCAGCAUAGCGAGGAGCAGCAGGCUCAGACUCAGGAAGCACCUGAGGACGCACACCCGGACGUAUCCUUCGACGAGCACACCCCACCUGUUAAAGCCCCUCACAUCAACGCCCCCCGCCACGUCCAUCACUUCGACACCUUUGGCCUUGUCCAACGCCUCAUGGACUCCGGCUGGACCGAAUCCCAGGCCAUCACCAUCAUGAAGGGCAUGCGGGUCCUGCUCUCCGACAACAUGAACAUGGCGCAGGAAGCCCUCGUCAACAAAUCCCAAGUUGAAAACGAAACAUACCUCUUCCGUGCCGCUUGCGCCGAGCUCAAAACAGAGGUAACCGCCAGACGGAAAUCCGAGCAAGAAAAGAUGCGCACCGAACGCACCCACCUCCAACACGAAGUCGAGAUCCUCUCGCAGAGACUCGGGCAAGAAAGCGGCGCGCUCAAAGACGAACUAAAAGGCAUGUUCGACGACCGCAAGAUGGCCGUGCGCAACGAACAGCGCGAGAUGGAAUCCAAGAUCCAACGCCUGAACUACCAAAUCACCGUCGACCUGCAAGCCGACGCCAAAUCGGAAGUCGAAGGCCUGCGAUGGGUCAUGACGAGGCGGGUGAUAUUGGCUUUGGGCCUUGUGAUUAUCAUGGUGAUUGGCUCGUUGAAGCUUUAUAGUAACGCCGUGCAUGAGCAGGAACUUGAUGCGAAGCGGAGGGCUAACAUGCGUGUAGCCGGGACGCAGACUGAUUCGAGUAGUGGGAAUGGAUUUGUUGGUGAAGCCAGGGAGCCGAAGGUGGAGGGCGGGGAGUCGGAUGUUUCGUAUGUGAGUUUGGGGUAG